GUACGAUUUUUUGUCGCACAUCAAACCCAACGAACUUAUCGGUGUUGGUAACCAUAGAAACGUGAAAUAAGUCAAUAUACUUUCAAGUUUUCACCAAUUUGGGUACACCAAGGUCCAAGGGUACACAAUGAACAAGCCCCUGAGCUCGGAGGACAUCGCUGCGAUGGAGCAGCAGCUGAGGAGCAGCAUGGAGGAGGAGCGGCGCUACUGGCGCGUCAACGAGGUCAAGUGCGACGCGGUCCACACGGCCAAGACCUAUGAGGAGUUCGCAGAUAGAGUCGCAGCGGCCCAUCUCCAGCCUUUGGAUAGAAAAGAUUUCCAAAAGAAAGCCACGUCAGGCUGGAAUAAGUACGCAAGGAAAGAGAGUAGCCAGGAGCGAAAAUAAAAUUAAAUUUUAAAUUACCA